AUGGCGCCGACUCCGGUCCUUGUUCGCGGCAAGCGGAAGCGGACAGUCUCCUCCAAGAUAAAUCACUCCGCAACGCCGACACCCCCUCCGACCCGGCGACGUGUCAGGCGCCGGUCGACGCCAUUUGACAGCCGUCUGCCAUUCGAGAUUCUCGAGCGCAUUUUUCUGCUGUCCGAGAACCUCAACCUGGCCCGGGCCAGCCCUCUUCUGGGCUUCCGGCUCUCCAGCCGGGGUACGCUCGCCGAGCUGGUAGUUGCUGCAUUCGGACCGACGUGGGAGCACAUUGCUCAGCAGACCGCCGACGACGCCAGCGAUCCUGUAUUCCAGUCCGCUGUGAUUGCCUGUCCCUGGGCCAAGACGGCACUGCUUCUCGACGCGCAACAGCUGUGGCUCCAUCGACAUGGUUUGGCCAAGUACCGUCACGUACUGGUCGACCAAGAAGCGUGGGCCUGUCUCAUGGCUGCCACGCAGAGUCAAGCCCGGCUGGAGGCUCUCCUGCGCAGUCACGCAGUGUGGAACGGCUGUCAAGGAGCCGAGCCGGUCGCAGAUGAUUGUCUAGAGCCUGUCCCUACUGCCGAUGCGCUUUGGCCACGCAACAUACACACCUGCUUCUGUCUCGAGCAGGCCGUGUUCAUGCACAGGAUCUGCCCGAAGUUGUCGCAGUGGCAGCCACCGUCGGUACCGGAAAGCAGUAGUGAUGCCCUUCCCGUCGCCCGCGUCGACGUACACCGGUUGACCCGCAUCCCGGAGGACCUGUUGCUUGCAGGCGGGCCAUACAAAAACGCCGACGGCUGCCACGAGGCGGAGGCGGUGAUGCGCCAGCGGUUGGGCGAUGUUGUCGAUAAGCUUUUUUGGCUGGCCGGUGGCGGUGCGCGACUGCAGGUCGCCGACAGCUGGGAGGUGACGCACCUGGGAGUCAAGUACCUGAUGCAGAUCGACGUGGGUGUGCAAGAAGACGUCAAUGCCAGCUACGACAGCUACGAUGGCAGCAAUGGCAUCAGCAGCGCGGCUAAAACCCUUGGCUACAGUACCGAUGCCCUGGUCGCAACCGUGAUCGGCCUGUUUCACAGCCUCGGCGUGUUCACGUGGCAGUGGCCCUCAUUGGUGCUCGAAGAAGCCAGCCGGGGCGUGCGGGCUCGAGCAGCACCUGUAAUGGUCCGCGCUAGGACAACGCUGAACAGGCUUGUCGUCAUUGACCCCACUCUUCCGGUCUCUGUUCUUCGAGAUCUUUUCGACCAGGGAUCACCGUCAAAACAUCCAUCUCGCGAUACCACCGCCUUUUGGGCAAUUGGUUGGGCCUCGAAUCUCACCAUGGCGAUUGGACAUGCUUCACUCGGAAUGGUGUCCGCCAUCUUCCUGGCCGGCUCGAUCGUGAUGCUCUUCUUUGUCAUUCUAGGCGGCGUCAAGGACCGGACACCUCUCAACCACACGUAUUUUCUGCAGGCGGACACAUCAGGGAUAGCCGGCGCCAAGGACCUCUCCCAAUGGACGUACUUUCACAUCUGCGGCACCCAUAACCAGAACUGCGGCAAGGCACACCCGGCGAUGCCGUUUGGCGCGGCGUGGGCUUCGCACGCAACCGAUGCGCCGUCGCGGCUGAACGGAAAAUAUGGAGGCCACACGACGUCGUACUUUUACUUUUACAUGUGGCGUUUCGGCUGGGUAUUUUACCUCAUCGCCCUCUUCUUCGAGAUUGUCGCCUUCUUCUCCAGCUUCCUGGCCUGCUGCGGCCGUCUGGGAGCCGGGAUCGGCUCGUUGGUCUCGAUUACUGCUCUCUUCUUCCUGACCAUUGCUGUGUCUCUGAUGACUGCCACUUUCGUCAAGGCUCGCAACGUCUUUCACGCCGACAAUCGUUCAGCUCACCUGGGCAAGUAUGCCUUUGGCUUCAGCUGGGCCGCUCUGGCCGCCCUUUUCAUCUCGGUCGUGCUACUGUGUAUCGGCACCGCCUCUCGCAAGCGCAGCGACACUCCGGCAACUGGCCCCAACGGCAACGCCGGUGCUCCCGCAAAGACACGCCGUGGUUGGCGUGGCCGUCGUGGCAGCAAACGAUCGGCCGGCCGCACCAACGGCAGCUUCUCCAAGGCGAACUAUGAGGACAGCCGGCUGGACGGCAGCAGCGUAUAG